CGCACGCCCCGAGCCGGCCGGUGGUCCAGACACGACAAUUCCUUCCUUCAUCCUUUCUUCUUAUUCGCCCUCGUUCUGUCCCACGUUUGUUUUCUUUUUUCUUUUUCCUUUUUGCUAUCCUCUCCUUCACUGCUCUGUUUUUUCUUCUUUUUUUUUUCUUCCCCUUGCGUCGUGUUUCUACCUAUUCUUCCCACCCUCUUUUUCAAUCCCCCCACUACCUUCCAAUCGCACUUUUUACCCUUACCAACUUUGUUUCUCUCUUUAUAUUCUUUUCUAUUCCUUCAAUUUUCCAUUCUUUUUUCUAAUUGUUGCGAAUGUUACUUUUUAUUUGUUCUUCCUAUUCCUUAAUUAUUUCCAAUAUGUAUUUUUAAUUAGAAUAACCCAUUUAUGUGUUCGCGAUUAACGGAGUAUUAUAUUAUUGAGGAUUAUCAUUACGAGGAUAUCUUACGUGAAAUUUGUACUUCAAACUGAGUAAAAUAGAAAUUAUCGAUGAGUGAUUAUUAUUAUUAUUCAAAGUUAUAUAAUUUACGACGUUGUGUGUUUAAGGGGAUUAUGAAUUAAUUUCACGUACUGUUUAGUGACAUUAGAAGACUCGAGAAUCGAGUGUCACCGUUUAUGUUAGUGUUACGAGGAUUUAGAAAUUCAUUUGUUGUUCAGGAGAUUCUGUUAAUGUUGAUGUUUGGCCCACGUGUCAAGGGAGAAACAAAAGAGAUAAACCUCGGUGAUAGAUACCUAUAUUACUAAUUCUCUGAUAAUAAUCGUGAAAGGAAAGAUUGGUAGCAUUGACAAAAGAUAAAGAAUAAGAAUAAGAAGAAUAAAAGGUGGAAGGAAAAAGAAAAAACGAAAUAUACAAAAUGUUGAGACGAAAUUUCCAAGAAAGAACGGAGGACGAAUCUUGUGAUCUGCAAACGAAAGGAUACGUAUCGAAGGAUUAAAGGACAUCGAAUGGACGUGGGUGAUAUAUCGAGCUCAAUAGGAUUACCUCCAGGGAGUGGAUCGAAUCCCGGAAAUACGAGUGUUGGUGUUAUCGCGAAUACAACAUCCAGUAGCCAUACCGUAGGGUGGUGGACGCCUACGUCGAGCAUUGCUUCGGCACCGGCCACCACCGACGUGAUGAAUCAACUUUGUAGAGUUUGCGGAGAGCCGGCCGCGGGUUUUCAUUUUGGAGCCUUCACUUGCGAAGGUUGUAAGUCGUUCUUCGGGCGUACCUACAAUAAUUUGGGCAGUAUAUCUGAAUGCAAGAACGGUGGUGUCUGUGUGAUCAAUAAAAAAAAUCGAACAGCCUGCAAAGCUUGCCGAUUACGAAAGUGUCUGAUGGUUGGUAUGUCAAAAUCAGGUUCGAGAUACGGACGUCGUUCUAAUUGGUUCAAGAUUCAUUGUCUACUUCAAGAACAGACGCAUCAGGCGCAUACGCGUCUCAUAAAGGAUCCAAAGUUGGCAUACGAAAAAGCAUUUGGUUCGUUGGAUGCUGCUAACAACAAUAAUACCAAUAAUAACGAAGACGUUAGUACUCCCAUUUCGAGUGGUAUCAUAGGAAUGAUUACAACAGCGACAACUACGGCUAAUAGUUACCAUCAUCACCAUCACCAUCAUCAUCAACAGCAGCAGCAACAACAACAACAGCAACAGCAACAGCAACAGCAGCAACAACAACAACAACAACAGCAACAGUCGCAACAACACCAUCAGGAUAGAAUUGGGAAACGCGAGGAUACGGCAUUGAGGUCACAGGACAUUUCGAGUACGUUGAGAUCGCAAGAAUUAUCAUCAAGAUCGAGUCAAGAACAAAUUGGUAUGAGGGUUGCCGAAUUAGCAAGAGCACCUCAGGAACUUCUCAGGCCGGAAGUUUCAAGAAGUACUUUUCCAAUGUGGAGGGGUCCGGCAUUUUUACAUCCGGCAUUAACGCAAAUGCAAUUUUUAAAUACACCGUUCUUUCCCUUUCAACAACGUUUCAUCGUACCGUACGUUAAUCAAAUUGGAGCUCCACCAAUGUUGGAGAGUCUUUCGAGUUCCUCGAGCGAAAGCAUAAGUCCUCGAUCGACACCAUCACCAACGAGAACGAGAGUAGAAGACGAUAGUCGAGUUUUAAGAGUACGAUCAAGUUUAUGUGAAGAAGUUAUUGAUCGAUCAUCAUCUAGGCCAAAAUCUGCAGACGAGUCAGUUAUUUACGACAAAAGUCUUGCAUUUUUUCGAUCUCUUGGUCCGGAACAAGAAGAACCGAUUGAUCUUAGCAUCAAAGCUGCCGUAGCUGCAGCGGAAGCUAUUGCUGCUGCUACGGCUACCGGGACAACAGCUAAGUUAGAAACGAGAGAGACGGAUCCAGGUAGUACGGAAGAGGAGAGAUCGACGGAUAACGAGGACAACGAGAUUCUUCAUGACACGAUACCACCAUUGGAUCUCACGAGGAAAACAUGACCAUGGACUACAACCGAAGAUCCUUGAUAGGAACUUCGAGAUGACAUCGUCUAACAUAAUACUGUUCUUUUAUGUUCUACGUAAAAGAAUCCGUAUUUCUUUCAUUGUUCAGUGAUUCAAUAUGUGGAAUUAUUCGAAAAUGAAAGAUGUUUUUCCUCUUGACUUAUCUAUCUAUGGUGAAUUUAGACCAAAAGUGUAAUUAACAUUGUUCGUGCCCUUAUGAUAGUGCCUUUAAGCUCUCUUUUUUUAUAUGUUAUGUUUUUUUUUGUUUAACUCGGCUAUCGGUUUAAACUAAGAGAGUUCAAAUGUGCCUUGUAAAUGAAACUUUUAUUAGUAUUAACGUUCCCGAUAUAAUCAUGCACGGUUUUAUGAGUGUUAACGACUUUGUUUUUAUGUGUGACGUAAUCGGGGAAUGACAAACGUUUUUUUUUUGUUUUUUUUUUUUUUUUUAUUAUUAUUUCUAUUUAUCAAUAACGAAGGAAUGAUUUUCUUUCUAUCGCGUCGGAACGUGCACAUAUACAUACAUGAAAAUACGUGGGGAAAUACCAUAUACUUGCAUAUUACAAGUUUUUAUUUAAUCCGAGUUAGUAGCUGCAUUAAAACUCGGUUUAAAA